UAAUUAUGUUGCGUGAUGGAUAUCCCAAAGAUGAUUUACUAUCUUUCUCGCUCCAACUCCCUCUACAUAGCUAGUAUGUACAUCGAGAAACCAAAGAGAUCUUAGAGACUGCGAGAUGGACGUUGAACGUGGAAUCCCAUGUAUUGAUUUCAGUAGAGAUCCAACAGAUUUAGUAGAAGGAAGUGAUGGAUGGAAGAAUUUAUGUGACCAAGUUAGAGAAGCUUGUGAAAAUUAUGGAUGUUUUCAAGUAGUGUAUGAUCAAGUUCCAGUGAAACUACAUGAAGAACUUCUUGUGGGAUUGAAAGAAUUGUUUGAUCUUCCAGAUGAGACUAAAGAGAAAAAUGUUAGUUCUAAGCCUUACCAUGGUUACAUAGGAAAGGCUAAAGAGGUUCCUUUGUAUGAAAGUCUAGGUGUCCAUAAUGCACCCAACCUUGAUCAGGUUGAAGCCUUCACCAACCUUAUGUGGCCUAACGGAAACCCUGCUUUCUGCCAAACUCUGAACUCCAUGGCCAAAAGAAUACAGGAACUUGAAGGAAUUGUCCGUAAAAUGAUUCUUCAAAACUUAGGAGUUAAAAAUUAUUACGAUUCGCAUAUUGAGAACAGCGAUAGUGUUUUUCGUGUCAUGAAGUACAAAGCUCCCCGCAGUGAUGAUUCAGCGGUUGGUCUCCUGGCUCAUGUGGAUAAAAACAUCCUAACUAUCUUAUAUCAAGAUAUACAAGGACUGGAACUCCUCUCUAAAGAAGGACAAUGGUUUCGAGUGUUACCAAAAGCUGGCACACUUACAGUUUUUGCAGGUGAAGCUCUUAUGGCCUGGAGCAAUGGAAGAAUACAUGCAGCAAAACACAGAGUCAUAAUGCAAGGAAGGAAAGAUAGAUACUCAUAUGCAUUCUUUUCAACGCCAAAAGGGGGAGCAGUUGUCGAGAUCCCCAAAGAACUAGUAGACAAUGAACAUCCUUUACUAUUUCGACCCUUUAAUUACUUGGAUUUCCUUCGCUAUUUUCAAGCCAAUCUUCACCUUGAUAAUCCUCUUGAAAUCUAUGCAGGCGCAGUUUGAUUAUUGUAAGACCAAUUAUGUGUUUAACAUUCUCUUGUUUGUUCCAUUAGUUACGAGUAUAUCGUGUGCGGAUUUAAGAAAUGUGUGGGCAUUAGCCAUCACUAUAGUUCUCUUCUCGAUCCAUAUAUCUAUAUGCUGUUGUUUUUAAACAGCCCACUAGCCCAGUAGUGGAUUGUUCAAGUACUUUAAUGUCAUUUGAAAUUUGGUUA